AGGAAUGCUACUGAUUGAGAUUUUUUCGUCAUGUCGGGACGUGGCAAGCAGCGCGGCAAAGCUCGCGCCAAGGCUAAGACCCGCUCUUCUAGGGCGGAUCUUCAGUUCCCAGUGGGCCGAGUGCACCGACUCCUCCGCAAGGGCAACUAUGCUGAGCGGGUCGGUGCCAUAACGCCGGUGUACCUGGCAGCGGUGCUGGAGUACCUAACCGCCGAGAUCCUGGAACUGGCUGGCAAUGCGGCCCGCGACAACAAGAAGACCCGCAUCAUCCCUCGCCACUUGCAGCUGGCCAUCCGCAACGACGAGGAGCUCAACAAGCUGCUUGGUAAAGUGACCAUCGCCCAGGGUGGUGUCCUGCCCAAUAUCCAGGCCGUGCUGCUGCCUAAGAAAACUGAGAGCCACCACAAGGCCAAGGGCAAGUAGCGGGUCUGGAGCAGUUCAUUAUUCAUACCUCGGUCCAAACCAAAGAGGUUCUUUUCAGAGCCACCAAUUUUUUCACCAAGUAGAGCUGUGUUCAACAGUUUUAUCCGAUAGGCGAGUCAUUUUGCAAUGGCACUGGCAUGCUGUAUAGAGAUGAAGCAAAACCAAACGGCUUUUACACCACAUUGUUUUGAGAUAGAAAGUAGACAUUGAAAUGUUCACGGUACAUCAAGAAAUUUAGGCGCGGCAGCUCGCGCCUGCAAUACAGCUGAGACAAUAAGGAAAAGUGAGGCAACAGAAUAACAAAGGGAGCUGAAAGUUGGUUAGAGGGCAGAAUAAGUAAAAGCAAAGGGCAGAAGUAAGGUAGAUGCGCGGGUGAACAAGAAGCGAGAUAACAAGCAGUGAACCUUUUGCAGCCGAAACAAAAGAGAUAAUGUGAGCAAGGACGUCGUGGCCGGCAAGAUCUGGAAAAAACCAGUUUAAGAGGCAGCUCUUCAGAGAUGGGCAUGCGUAUUAGAGAGGAAAAGUAUCCUUAACAAAAGCCCGUAUGAUAAUCAGCUACAUAAGGUUCAUGCAUAUGGGCUACAUAUCAUGCAUAUAUUUAAGAUUAUGAGAUAGAGGCACAAGCCACAGAGGACAAAGUAAGCAACAAACCUAUCAAUAAAAGGGCAAAUGCUGGCUAUGGAUUAGGCAGCACUGGGAACAGAAAAAAAAAACACGCACACACAUAAAAUGACUCAAACUACAGCAAGCUGACGCUGAUCUCAUCUCGCAGAGGUCAGUCCGCUCUCCCCCCCACCCCUGCCCCCGAGAGUGUAAUACUCUGCUUACUAAACUUUUGCUGCUUUGCUUUGCUAUCUGUAUGUGUGUCGUCCAAUUUGUACCGGGCACCAAGAGCCUGGAACUGCUUGGCACCAUCCGGUAACACAACGGCUUUGAGAAGCCGAGGCGGAAGGACCGCUAGAGCCUUGAAGUUCGAAGCCAGGCUGAUCUUUACAAAAGUAAAAUAACUAACCGUGCCUGGCGUCUCAUAGCCUGUAGUCCUAGCUACUCGGGAGGCUGAGACCAGAAGGAUCACUUGAGCCCAGGAGUUCGAGGCUGCAAUGAGCUAUGAUUGCACCACUGCAGUCCAGCUUGUGUGACAGAGCAAGACUGUUUCAAAUGAACCUAGUGUCAGAUACUUACUUUCUGUAUUACAGAGGACUGAAAGCUAGCUAAAUAAUACUUUUCAGUGUACCUGGGUUCCAGAGAUAUAAUUGGUAAACUAACCUUUGCUCCUUGCUUGGGCUUUUAGUUUAUACUUCAUAAGACCAUGGAGGCAAAAUUUGGGUAUCUGACCCUUCUGCAGAAUUUAGGACCCCGUCCCGUGUGUGUUUGGCCUACCUAUUCGAGUUCAAUUGAAUCUUUCUGAGCAUCUGUGGUGUGCCAGGCACUCUCCUAAAUGGGAAUACAAUAUUAAUCCAGAUACAUAAAGUCUAUAUCCAAAAGGAGCUUCAAGUUGGCUUGGUCAAAGAAUACAUGUCGUAAUGGACUGUUUAUAUAAAUGAUGGGAAAGCCUUGGGGUUAGGGUGUGAGAUUACUUUAGAACGUGUUAUUUAAAAACAGUAUGAAUCAAGGACAUUGUAAGUCAGGUUUUCUUAUAUAUCAUGGUCAUAUAGUCCUGUUCCUGUCAGUUUUUCCUGCUUCCUUUCUUUCACCAAGAUCACUCCUUUCCUUCUCAGAUCACCAAGUCCUCCUAGCUAGAGAGGGCCUUCUAUUGCUCUCCAUCUAAACUUAUAUAAGCUACUGUUUUCCUCUUAAAGACAUGUUAAUGAAAAUGAAUUUCUACAGGAUCUCUAGUCCAUUGAAAUACAUUAAUUUUUGAGUCUCCACACAUUUUUAUUUCCUAGAUUUAAGUCUUAAUUGCAGUCACAUACAACUAGUAUUUUUUGGAAUAAAACAGCAAUCAAAAAAAUCAUUAAUAUUACAUUGUUUAAAAAAAUUUAUGAUUAUUUGAUGUUGAGGACUCCAUCCUGAUUUCAAUGAAUUAAUUCAUUUGUUCCCUUUUAAAAUGUCAUCUGCGUUAUUUAUGUGUAUAAAUUUUCAAUAAUUGUUUCUGUUACAACCAUCAAUAUAAAGUAAAUGAUACAGCUCCAUAGAAGGCCUGUCAGAUUUUUGAAAUUAAAAUAAGUUUUUAAAUAAAAUAUGCUGUACGAUCAUUGAAGUUGAUGAUAAAAUUAUUCCAUUGUUUCUGUUUCUCCCAAGAACCACCAUCUAAUCAUGAAAGCUAGCUAAGUAAUAUUUUUCACAGUUCAUGAGUUCCAGAAGUAAAAUUCUUUAAGCUAAACAGCUUGUAAAGUAACUUUUGCUUUAUAAUUAUGAUAAUUUUUGGUGUUAUUUAUGCAAACUCAAAUCAAUGUACUCAUAAUCAAAACACUGACAAAUGCAAACUUAUGUAUUAAGCAAAAUAAAAUAUACAAGUGUGAUA